AUGUCUGAUAUCUACGAAAUAGUUAAUAACCUUGGUCUCGAUGAAGCAGAAGCAAACAAACUCAAAAUUUACCUAAUUAAAAAUCAUGAAAUAAGAAAAGAAUUAAAUUCAGCACUUGCAGUUUCGUGCGGAACAGAAGAAUCUAAAAGGAAUCUUUUGAAAGAUUUUCUUCGUAAUAUUUCUG